AUGGCAACCAACAAUUUUGAUCAGACAAAUAAGCUUGGAGAAGGAGGAUUUGCUGAAUUAUUUAAGGAUACGUUAAAAAGUGGCAAAGUUGUGGCAGUAAAGAAGCUGACAUUAGGUCACUCUUCCCGUGCAAUUUCUGAAUUCGAAAGCGAAGUGAAACUCAUUUCCAAUGUUCAUCACAGAAAUCUGGUGCGUUUACUUGGAUGUUGCAGACAAGGCCAUGAAAGACUCCUGAUUUAUGAGUACAUGCCCAAUAGCAGCCUUGACAGAAUAUUAUUUGGAAAAAAUAAAAGACUUUUGAGUUGGAAGGAAAGGUUCAACAUUAUCUUGGGCACUGCUCGUGGUCUGGCCUAUCUCCACGAGGAGUUCCAUGUCUGUAUCAUCCAUCGUGAUAUUAAAUCAAGCAACAUAUUACUUGACAACAACUUUCAGGCAAAAAAUAGCAGAUUUUGGGCUGUUUUCAAUAGAGAUAGUAACAUCGAUUUUAUGGAUUUUCUCAGAGGAUACACGGCUCCUGAAUACGCUAGCCAUGGGCAAUUAACAGAGAAAGCUGACACCUAUAGCUUUGGUGUGGUGGUUCUUGAAAUUGUCAGUGGUAGAAAAAGCAUUGACUUGAAGCAACCACCUGAUAUGGAAUAUCUUCUUAAAUGGGUUUGGAGCCUAUACGAGAAUAACAAGGUUUUAGAUGUAAUGGAAAGUGAAAAGGAGAUGGAAGGGUAUAGCGAAGAAGAAGUGUUGAGGGUGAUAAAUAUUGCGCUUCUAUGCAUACAAGAUUCUGCCAGACAUAGGCCAUCAAUGUCUGAGGUCGUGACAAUGCUAUUAAAUAAAGAUGAGAUUUAUUUUCAGAAACAUCUGCAUACAUCUUUCAAAGACUUGGCGUUCAAAUAA